AGAUUUCACAAUCAACAGAAGCCUUUUUUAGGACGAAAGAGGCCUCACGGUCUAAGCCAUCAAUCAUCACAGAAGGGCUACAAGAAGACCGGGGGCCAUCAACAGAAAUAAUACAUAAUUCCGACAGUUGUAGUGGGAGCAGUGUUACAGAAAGUAGAAGCAGAACAGGCAUCAGUGGUGUUAGUGGCACCCUUGUUUACGACGCAACCAUGGUUCCCACGGCUACUGAAAAUGGUAACAGCACAUCCAUUUUUGUUACCAAAAGGAAAUCACAUUCUCCAAAACCCAUUAACCAGAAAACACCACCCGAUGGAAAAACUACAACUGUGUGUUUUCAAGAUAUCAGGACAGAAUUGUGCAGUCGAGGCAUUCCAGAGGCAGCUGCCGACAUUAUCCUUGCAUCCUGGAGAUCGACCACUAAAAAACAGUAUGGGACGUAUCUCUCCCAAUGGCUGUCAUUUUGUAGUGAACAACAGAUCCCUCCAUUUUCACCAUCUGUAAAUAUGCUAAUACAGUUCUUGACAACAUUGUAUGACCAGGGUUUACAGUAUAGGGCAAUUAACACUGCAAAGUCAGCAAUAUCUAGCGUAAUAAAUUUUUUGAGCAAUAAACAACUUGGAAACCAUAUACUUAUUAAACAGUUCAUGAAGGGAGUGUCUGAAAAUAGACCUGCUCUUCCGAAGUACAACUGUACUUGGGACGCUGCUCUUGUGCUAAAAUUUUUCAGUUUACAUAAACUUGUAAAUCAAUUAUCAAUUCAAGAGUUAGGAACAAGAUUAGCGACACUUCUCGCACUAACGACAGGCCAAAGAACUCAAACGCUUUUCUUCAUGGAUCUUAAAAAUAUUGUUUUAACUGACACUGACGUGAAAAUACGGAUAGGAGAUCCACUUAAACAAUCAAAAGUGAACUGUCAUCUGGGAGAAAUAUAUAUUGAAGCAUAUCCAGAUGAAAAACUCUGUGUUGUUAAAACUCUGAAAGAAUAUGUUCAACGAACAGAACAAAAACGCGAAGACACAACAAAAGUUUUCAUAAGUUCCAAAAAACCAUUCAAACCAGUAUCUAGUUGUACUAUAGCAAAAUGGAUUAAAUCCGUGUUAGGCAAAGCCGGAAUCGACAUGUCAGUAUUCACUGCUCAUAGUACUCGUGGGGCAUCCACAAGUGCACUAACUAACAGAGUGCCAAUUGAUACAAUCCUUAGAACUGCUGGUUGGAAAAGAGAUUGUGUUUUUAGAAAGUUCUAUAAAAGGGACAUAACAAACAAUAGUGAUUUCAGUAAUGGGAUCUUAAAGCUAAAUCAGGGAAAAGCAUGAAAAAAUUAUCAUGAGACAAAACUGUUGUGUGAGGACUAAGUUGUUAAAAUUAUUUCAGGAUGUACAGUUAUAAUCAGGGCAUAAUAUUUUCACUAGUCAAUUUUAUAAUGACUUGCUAGUCAAAAUUUUUGAUUAAGUUUACUUUUUGUUUUCUAGUCGUAUAAAUUUCGUAAUAGUUAACUAGUCAGUUUAGUUGGUAGUAGUGUAUCUUAUAUUUCAUAUCUAUACAACUGUUAUACAUGUUUUUGAUUUUUAUACACACAUACAUGGAUGUAUUUUAUGCUGUUUACAACUUUUGCAUAAUGUUUGCUAUGUUUAUGUUUGUAUAUAGUGUACAUAAAGUUUUAUUUCAUGUAAAAAUUGGUUAUUUGUUUCCAGUUAUAAUUUAGGCCUAAAAGAAACAGGAUCACCAUGACCAUGGACUCUAAAAACUCCAGUGAUUCUGAUUAGGUAGAUUAGGAUAACAAAAUUGACAAAUUAAACGAAACUUACCAUAAGUUGAAGUUUGAUGUUAAUUUUGUUAGUCCUAAUCUACCAAGA